AUGUGGCUACGAUUUGAAGUGCGCGAGAAGCGAAAAGCUGCUAUGCUAAAUAGACAGCCCUUGGAAAUUGAGGGUCUGUCAACAGACAACGAUGAUAAUCCUAUUAAAAUCAAAGUUAACGAUCAGAUUAUCUCGGAGAACGAUAUCGCUCAGUUGAGCACUAUGCUUAUGAAAAGCUUUUUAUCGCGCUCAAACUGGAUGAUAAAAGCAUAG